GCUAGCAAAUAAGCACACACAGGAUGAUGACACCGCGUCAUGUUGCCGUACUUAAUAUAGUUAAUAAGUUAAUACAGUUAUUAAGACUGUUAAUACAGUCUUAAUAGACUGUUCGAAAUCAACGGUUUUUGAGAUACCUUCCCCCGAAGGGACCUCUCUCGUCAGACACCUGUCCAACUAGAGAUCAAGGAUUAGACAGCUAUCUAAGAAUCCGAACACAGCAGUGUUUAAGUUAGAAUGUCGUUUUCAUUUCCUGCUAGCUGGCUAGCAUACAUCAUAGUCUGAUCAAAUAUCUUGCUAGUUUAGCUAAUGACGUUAUCGCUGAAUGAAAAAGUCACAAGUGUGGGUUUAUAGCUGAGCAGACACAUGUUCAGAAGCAGUGACACGUGUUGUGUUGAUGCUUUAGCUAGUGGACAUCGAGUCAUGGGAGACAAACCUUUGUGGGAACAGAUAGGCGCUGGGUUUGUACAGCUAUACUACCAACAGUUCGACACGGACCGCGUCAAGCUUGCGGACCUCUACUAUGAUGACUGCUUUAUGACAUUCGAAGGAACCACUGUGCGGGGGAAAAACGACGUCAUGGCCAAGUUAAAUAGUCUGCCAUUCCGAUCUAUCCAACACAUUAUCACAGCACAGGACCACCACCCUACACCCGACAACUGUGUCAUGAGUAUGGUGAUGGGACAGCUCAAGGCCGAUCAGGACCAAGUCAUGGGAUUCCAGCAAGUGUUCCUGCUAAAGAACAUUGGGAACAAGUGGCUCUGCACUAAUGAAAUGUUUAGAUUAUCCCUACAUAAUUUUGCAUAAUGCAAAUAAAGUUUCUUAAGAGAGCUCCAGACCUGGAUUAGUUUCAUAUAUUUUGAAGAAUGAUGUAGUGUGGCGUUAGAAUACAAAGUUUCCAUUUAUAUAUCAAAAUUACCCAUUAAUGAUUCCAUGUUCAGGAAAUAGCUAUAAAGCCUGGGCAACAAAAAUGUUUUUAAUCCCCCAACAGCUAGUUUGUUAAGUAUCUUCCAUUUGUAUAACUCACAAUUAUGUAUUUUUUUUCUCUUAACUAAAUAUUUACAUUA